AUCUUGGGAAGCACUGGGUGGAUUAUAUCCCGCAGCUCCUGCACGGCCAACUGCUGCGCUAAAACGGCCUGUAUCAAAUGUCAGAAUGCCCUUUAGUGAAGCUAAGAUAGAGUCCCAUGAGUGCUGCUUUGCAAUCUCUGUAGUUUGUGGGGCCGAGUUUGCAUCUCCCGGUGGGACGUUUGAAUCUUCAGUGACGCAAUCCGGUUGUCUGUCUGACUGCCUGUCUUCAAGUGGUGUUGGAGUGGAACUCAUGUUAGUACUGUUUUUGCAGCCUUCUGCACGGGGCACAGAGACCAAAUCAAUUAGUGGGGCAGCUGUCUUGUGCACUGUGUUAGUUUGCAUAAGAUUCUCUAACUUCUCCAGUAAGUCCUCCUGGUCACAGCCUGCCAAGGCUCCAAAGGUUUGGCUGCUACCUGUCGUCCUCUCUCUGCCUGAAAUUGCUUAUCCGAAUAAGCUUCUCCCAAGAUAGGGCUGGUUUAUUAUCUUUCAACCAGCAGCAGCAGCCACUCCUUGAUUCUAUUUAAACUGCCAGUGGUUUCUUGGUAUAAUGACGCAGUAAGUGGGGAGAUCUGUGUCUCACAAAAUACACAGCUUGGGAAUAUUAAGAAAGUGGUCUGCAUGGGCUUCAUUUUAAACAGCGUACUUGGAUUAUAGACUGCUUGAAUGUCAGUAGAAUUUGUUUACAGCCCAACUUACUAGGGAGCUACUCCAUGAAAUCGUGUUUAGGUCUCUGUGAUAUAUAUAUUGAGGAAGCAUCAGAGUAAGAGAUCUGUAAGAGGUCAAGGAGGCAGAAGGAGCAGCUGCAAAAACCUGCAACUGUGUGAAGAAGCAUGGGGUGUAAUCGAAGCUGUGGCUUGCUGACUGUUGCAAUCAUCGGGGCGGUGUUGGCCAUCCUUGGCGGUAUUCUGAUUCCAGUUGGAAAUCACUUUGUUGAGAAGACAAUAAAAAAGGAAUCAGUCAUUGAAAAUGGUACAACUGCUUAUAAGAGCUGGAUUGUUCCUGGGAGUCCAGUCUACAGACAGUUUUGGUUCUUUGAUGUACAGAACCCGGGCGAUGUGAUGGCGAAUGGUUCUGCUCCAAUACUUCUGCAGAAAGGCCCAUAUACUUACAAGAUGCGAUAUAAACCCAAAGAAAAUAUCACUGAACUCGAAGAUGGCACUGUGUCUUACCUCCAGCCAAAUAUUAUUAUUUUUCAACCUGAUAUGUCAGUUGGGUCGGAAAAUGACACUAUCACCACUGUCAACCUUGCUGUUGUGGCGGCACCUGCUUUGUUUACAAGUGGACUUGUUCAAGCCUUGAUGGACAUUUGGAUGAAAUCAUCAAAAUCGUAUUUCCUCCAAACUAGAACUGUGAAAGAAAUACUUUGGGGAUAUGAAGAUCCUUUCUUGAAAAAAAUUCCAAUGGUAAAAGUUAAUACAGUUGUCGGAGUGUUCUAUCCCUACAAUGAAACAUAUGAUGGCCCUUACAGAAUUUACAGCGGGAAAGACGAUAUAAGCAAGAAAGGAAUUAUCCUCACUUAUAAUAAUAGCAGGACCCUUACAUACUGGAAAAGUUAUUGUGGUAUGGUGAAUGGCACUGAUGGGUCAUCGUUCCCCCCUUUUGUCAGCAAGGAUCAAAUAUUGAGAUUCUUUUCCUCAGAUAUUUGCAGGUCAGUCUAUGGAACAUUUGAUAAUGAGCAGACAGUGAAAGACAUCCUGCUUUAUCGCUUCAUUAUCCCACCUUCAGCUUUUGCUUCACCCCUUACUAAUCCUGAUAAUAUCUGCUACUGCACCGACAAGGAGAUAAGCGAGAACUGUACAAUAAGUGGAAUAAUGGAUAUCAGCUCCUGCAAACAAGGUAAACCAGUCUACAUCACGUUGCCCCAUUUCCUGCAUGGGAGUAAACAACUUUUUCAAUACAUUGAAGGAAUGAAGCCAAAUGUGGAAGAGCAUACAACCUUUCUGGAUGUAGAACCGACCACAGGAUUUACCAUGCACUUUGCCAAAAAGUUGCAGAUUAAUUUAUUAGUGAGACCGAAUUCAAAAAUCUCAGCACUAAGAAAGAUUAAACAUCAUUAUAUCUUUCCUGUUCUGUGGCUGAAUGAGACGGCUAUUAUCGGCGAUGAACAAGCAGAACUUUUCCGAUCAAAAGUGACCAGCAAGGUCAAGUUGCUGCACCUAAUUCAAACAUUGCUAAUUAUCGUUGGUUCUGUAAUGUUCCUGGGAUUCCUCAUUGCUUUCUUUGUAUGCAGAGGACAGAGUCCCAAAUAAUCUGCAGGGUGCUACUGGUGAAGGCCACCUUUUCUUCCAGUCUGAAGCAAAGGAAGAUUGUUAGACUUGCCUUCAUGGUGUUGUUGGCUGUGCUCUGUAAAAUGCAAAUAUCCUGGAGAAGAAGCCUGCAAUACAGCCAGGCCAGUGAAGGAUAAGUCUCUUCACAACCAAAAGCCAAUGGACAUUCAGAUGAGCUGUUUUCAUACCACCAGAAAGACUGGCAUGAAACCUGAACUUCUGCAGCUCUCUGAAUAAAAUCCCAUUUUCACCCUUUUCAAAAUGGAACUUCAAUUUGGACUUGAGCUUGUUCUACUGAUUAUGCAACCACGCCACCAUUUCCCUUGAUUCUUAGUACAUUGGAAAUUGAAGAAUGGGAACUGAAGUUAUGGAGUGCUAGGCUGAUCCUGCCCUUGAAAAUAAUGUGCGAGUUUUUUGUUUGCUUCCCACCCCUCUGAAGAAAAGAGCUCUCCUGUUUUUGUCUUCAAAAGCUGUGACUGUUUUUGAAGGAGAGGAAGAAAGGUCAAUAAUUGUAGAAUAUUAAUUGCUAGUAAAGAGUUUUACCAAAAA